AUGGUUUCCAGCACAUCAAAAUAUGCCGCCCAGGAUGAUAUAAAGGCCUUUAAAGACUCAAAAGAGGCAGCUACUAGUUUCUCCCCGUCUAUCAGCAGUGGAUCAAAUCAUGGAAUAUUCUUUAUUCAACCAGACGGCGUCAAUACCGGCAUACUAAAGGAACAUCACAGGACAGAGCAGGAUACUUGUACGGGCAAACACACGUUUCGACUGUCUUCACUGUGGCGGCGAGCCGAAGUCAAUCCUCUCAAUGGAAAAAGCCUUACAUUUCCUCUCUUUCGGAUUUGGGACGACUUCUACUGCAAAGCCUUUUGGCUAGCUACACUGGGGUUUUUUGUAGCUUUCCUUUCUUGGUUUGCUUUUUCCCCACUGGUGCCCGAGGUAGUGAAAGCGGAUCUCAGCCUUACUCAAGAUCAAGUCACCAAUUCCAACCUAGCCUCUCUUGGUGGCACAGCUCUGGUACGCCUUAUUGCUGGUCCUGCAUGCGAUAAAUUUGGGCCACGAAAGGUUUUGGCUUCUCUACUCAUUCUAGGAGCUAUUCCGUCCGGCCUAGCGGCGCUUGUAACCAACAUUGAAGGCUUAGAGGCAGUGCGAUUUUUCAUCUCCAUUCUUGGUGGCAGCUUUGUUCCAACCCAGGCCUAUACCACCACAUUCUUUGACAAGUCAAUUGUUGGCACGGCUAAUGCCUUCUCGGGUGGUUGGGGCAACUUGGGCGGUGGAGCGACAGUUGCUGUGAUGAUCGGGCUAUACCAACGCUAUAUUAAGGCUGGCUUCAGCCCUCACAUUUCGUGGCGUCUAUGCUUUGUCACAGUGCCUGUCCCGUGCCUACUGCUUACCGCUGUCAUGAUUCUACUGUUUGGUCGAGAUCACCCCGGUGGGAAAUGGUCAGCGCGCCACCAACUCCAAGACUCACCCACCAGGAAAGAUCAUAUCAUCGACGAGGACGGCGUCCAACAACAAAAUAUGUUGGGAGAUCCCGAAAAGGCCCUCGCUCAAAGCUCAAUGAACUCCAAGUCAGUGGGUACGAGCUUCAGUGAGCGGUCGCCGGUCACCAAUGUGGAUACUGCGCAGUCGGAACCACUGACCUUUGCGACAUUACUAGAGAUCCUUUCCGACCUUCGUGUAUGGUCUUGUGCUCUAUGCUACCUGCUAACAUUUGGCCUUGAGACAGCGAUGGACGCAGCGCUUCCCGGCUUGAUCAAUACCCUAUUUGCGAGCGAGUCAUUCGGAUCCGUGGAUGCCGCCUAUGCAGCAUCCACCUACGGCCUAAUGAACUUGUUUGCUCGGCCACUCGGUGGAAUUAUGUCAGACGUGCUUUACGCUCGGUUUGGGCUACGUGCUAAAAUGUACUGGCUCUUAGCCACCGCUGCAUCUCAGGGAAUCGCCAUGGUUGGCUUGGGGGUCUACAUAAACAAAAAUAGUGCAACCAUAGGCGGUGUUAUUGGCUUUAUUGUCGUGAUUGCAAUCACUGGUUUCUCGGCCAAUGGCGCCUGUUACUCGAUAUAUGGCCACUGGCGACCAAAAAACGUCGGCGUUGUUGCAGGCAUCGUUGGAGCUAGCGGCAACAUAGGCGGGUUAUUUUAUACCCUAAUAUUCAAGUACAGACCAGGAAUUCGUCUUUCUCCAUCUGAAAGUCAUCCCCGGGGCUACAACUCGCUGGGAGAAAAGUUUUGGAUUGCAGGGUUGCUCAAUGCGGUCGUUGUAGUACCACUUCUACUUGUACCGAUAGGCGAUGCCGUAUAG